GUUCGUGAGAGUCGCCCUGAACUAGCAGUUGCGCAAAAUCCCUGAUCUUUUAAUAAUCUGGAUAUAUUUUGGUCAGUUGUUUGUAAAUAAAGAUUAUUUGAAGAUCGAAUAAUCUGUUCAGCGCCCUGCUGAGGUCGACUCUUGUCAACCAGCACUGUCUUGUAAUGUUUACUUAUUUCGUGCUUCGGCGUGUCCUCUCGAGCGCUUGUGUAGCGGACUGAUGUUAGCUAAAUUAUUUUACACAAACAAUACAUAGGCGUGGUAGCUUUACUUAUACGCAUUAUUCACACGAAGGAUGUCCAUCGUGCACAAUCGAUGUAAAUACUCGAUGUGAAUACUCCCAGGUAGUUACAGCCAUAGUCGAGAACGAAGUGCGAGCAGAGAUCCGCGUUCAUGAUGGCGAUGUUUCGCAGCUUUGUGUCGGCAACUCAUCAGCUCAGGCAGCAUCAACAGAACGGGGCAGCGGCGGCUGCCUCUGGCGAGAGCCUCGAGAGCCAGUUCUCGUGCCCAAUUUGCCUGGAGGUGUAUCAUAAACCUGUCACCAUUGCAAGCUGUGCCCACACGUUCUGUGGGGAGUGUCUGCAGCCCUGUCUCCAGGUGACUUCUCCCCUCUGCCCUCUGUGCCGCAUGCCUUUUGACCCAAAGAAGGUGGACAAGUCCUCCAGUGUGGAGAAACAGCUGUCCAAUUACAAGGCCCCCUGUCGGGGCUGCAGUAAGAAGGUGUCUCUGGUCAAAAUGAGGUCACACAUCUCCUCUUGCGCAAAGGUCCAGGAACAGAUGGCCAACUGCCCAAAGUUUGUGCCUGUGGUCCCCACUUCACAGCCCAUUCCCAGCAAUAUUCCAAACCGUUCCACCUUUUCAUGCCCGUUCUGUGGAGCCCGCAAUCUGGACCAACAGGAGCUGGUCAAACAUUGUAUGGAGAACCACCGCAACGAUCCCAACAAAGUGGUGUGUCCUGUAUGUUCAGCCAUGCCCUGGGGGGACCCCAGCUACAAGAGCUCCAACUUCCUCCAGCACCUCCUCCACCGGCACAAGUUCUCCUACGACACGUUUGUGGACUACAGCAUUGACGAGGAGUCAUCACUGCAGGCAGCCAUGGCCCUGUCCUGUCAAAUCAAAUGUUAAAGUGAGUGACUGUGUGACUCUGUGUUUGCAGGACUACAGUAUUGAUGAAGAGGCGGCACUACAGGCAGCCCUGGCUCUCUCCAUGGCAGAGAACUGAGUCCCCUUGGUCCUCUGAGUCCCCCACUCUGCUGUCUGGGGAUGCACUUCCAUCCUGACACCCCACUAGCUCUCUUUCUUUCUCUGGAUCCACCCCAUAUCCCGCCCCCUCCACAGCCACCUCACAGGGAGAGUUUGGAAGGACCUUGGCCCUGGCCUAGACUCCCACUCUGGGAGAGCUCCAGAGGGAUUAUCUCCUAACCCUGUCCCCGAUCCUCUACCUGGCCCUUCAUCCACUCUGCUCACCUGCUUAACUCGUCAAGGCCCAUUACCAUUACAUCAUAUCCUCUCAGCCAGCAGCAGCCCCUUCACUUCCUGUAUACUGGGGAGAAAGGGAGCUUGGCCUCCAAUAAAUGUUGCAAUUCAAAACCACUGCAAUGCAAAACAAUGAGUACAGCAUGGAAAUGUUUGUUAUUCGGCAGAAAGUAUGAAGGUUCCCAAAAAUAAGGAUUUAAGGUAUUUUCUUUGACUCUUUAUUUUUCACUGUUCAAAUGAAAUGUUUUCAAACUCCAGGAAAAAGCCAUCACAUGACACACGUUCUGGUAAAAGUACCACAGAUUAGUUCUGUUAAAGUUUAUUCUCAAGUGAAUCAUUUGAUGGCUUUUUGAAUAAGAGGGACUACAGUUGAAUGGCUUGACCCCAUUGUCAGUGUGAUAAGCUUACAGAUGGGUGACAGUCUAGACAUAACCAGUUAAACAGAGAGGGAGGACAUUCUCACAUCCCCAUCACGACAACAACACACACUAACAUUUGCAAAUCAAAACAAACUAUCAAACUAUCCCCUUUUGUAUUCAGAGUUCUUGUGAAUACUUGCACUUGUCACAUUUUUCUACAUAAUUGAACUAUAGAUUGUUCUUACUUCAUAGUUAAGAAACAGAAUUAUAGUACUGCAUUUAGUCUUCACUCUGCUGUUGCUCUGCUGAUAUUUUUAUGAAGCACCAGACAAGAUGAAAUCUAUUUUUGGAAAAUGUUUCAGUUUCAAAUGCUGUACUAAUAAUAAGAAACGUGUUUAUUGGGGAUGUGUUUGUUGUUUUACCACCUUUUUCAAAGUAGCCAUUGGUACUGUACUGCUGGCAUCAAACAGUUGUUAGCAGGAUCUUAGGGCCUAUGUGUAAUACACUGUCUCAAACACAAGAGGGCAGCCCAGUCUCGAAAUAGACUGGGCACAAGUCAAAAGUCAUUCAAAGCCCAGUGUUCUUCAGUCAGUGUUACUCCAAGUCAUCAUGUUUAGACCCAUGCACAGUAUUGUGAAAAAGGCCCAUGUGUUGCCUAAAUGUAUGAGCUGUUUGGUUUAGUGCCCACUAUGAGAAGUGUUAGGGAAAUUGACAUUGUAAAGUGCAAGAAGUGAAAUAUGACGUGAGUACUGUUGGAUAAGUCUAUCCUUGUGGUUGAAUUGGUUGUUGCGCUGUAAAAGUCCAGUUUUAUGUUCAUUAUUUUAUUGAACACCAAUGUUGGUCUGAUAGUAAAAUGCAAAUGUAAAAGUGUACAUUGCAACACUGUACAGAAUCAGUACAAUGUUCCUAGGCCAUUUACAGUGCCUUGCAAAAGUAAUCAUCCCCUUGGCAUUUUUCCAAUUUUGUUGCAUUAUAACC